AUGUUGUACCCUAAUGAAGAAUAUGGCGUCCUUGGAUGUGCUUGCUGGUCUUUAAAAUUUUCGGAUCUUUCUGCAGAAGGAAAUAAAAUAGACUUUAGUAAGGACGCUCCUUCUUGGAGGAACGCAAUUGGAGGCCUCAAUCUUGAAGAUAUUGUAAAAAAGGCAAGAAUUGCGAAGCCUACUGCAAAUCCCGAGUUAUUAUUUCAUGGUACGUCACUCCCGAAACCUGCGGAUUUGUCAACGCCAAAUGGAAAUACAAGGGAGGAGGGUGAAGAUCCGGUGGAAAAAGUUGUGGUCGGCAAAUCGCUGAAGCUGGUAGAUACACCACAUUUAGUGAUAUGGAGCAGCUGUCUUGGAACAGUCUUUUUAUUGAAAUGA